CACCUGCUUCCGCUCUCGGCUCUGCCUUAUAAAAGUUUCUCCACGGUUCUGGCCACAGUUCACAAGCAGGCACAGAGUGUGGUUUUCAGUCAUGACUCAACUACCUAGAUUCUGGAACGUGGGAUGGUCUUCCUUUCUUGACUGGUGGAGUAAUCAGAGUGUUGUUUCAGAGCAAGACAAUGUGACAACUACAGGACCUUCUCAACCCUAUGCUCAGCAGCACCUGAAUGAACCUCUUCUGGACCACAGAGAGGGCCAGCUCUUCCUGACCGAGGCUUUUAAAGUGAUCCUUGAGGAGGUGCUAUGUAAGGGCAUAGACGUCAACGAGAAGGUGUGUGAGUGGCGUGAGCCAGAGGAGUUGGCUGCUUUGCUAGAUCUGGAGCUGAGAGAGAAUGGGGAGCCACAGCAUCAGCUGCUGCAGAGAGUACGGGACGUGGCCAAGUACAGUGUCAAGACCAAUCAUCCACGGUUCUUCAAUCAGCUCUUUGCAGGGGUGGACUACCAUGCCUUGACAGGACGAUUCCUUACGGAGGCUCUUAACACUAGCCAGUAUACCUAUGAGGUAGCUCCAGUGUUUGUCCUGAUGGAAGACGAGGUACUCUCAAAGCUACGUUCUCUAGUUGGGUGGGCAGAGGGAGAUGGCAUCUUCUGCCCAGGCGGUACUGUGUCUAACAUGUAUGCCAUGAACCUAGCACGCUACCGGGCCUUCCCAGAAGUUAAACUAAAGGGACAGUUGGCCCUCCCUCGACUGGCUGUCUUUACAUCUCAAGAGAGCCAUUACUCUGUGAUGAAAGCAGCUGCAUUUCAGGGUAUUGGGACAGAGAACGUGUUUAUGGUCAACGUGGAUGAUAGGGGUUGCAUGAUUACAGAGGACCUUAGAGAGAAAAUUGAGCUGGCGAAAUCUCAAGGGGCAGUACCAUUCUUUGUUCACGCUACAUCAGGAACGACGGUACAAGGCGCCUUUGACCCACUGGAGCCCAUCGCUGACAUCUGUGACAGACAGGGGUUGUGGAUGCAUGUCGACGCAGCCUGGGGAGGGAGUGUUCUCUUCUCAAAAGAACACAGACAUCUCAUGAGAGGAAUUGAGAGAGCCGAUUCAGUAACUUGGAAUCCACACAAGAUGAUGCUAACUGGCUUGCAGUGUUCAGCCAUUCUGCUCAAGGACACCACGGACCUGUUGAAACGUUGCCACAGUGCAGAUGCAACGUAUCUCUUCCAGCAGGACAAGUUCUAUGACAUGAGUCUGGACACAGGGGACAAGUCCAUACAGUGCGGCCGUAAGGUUGACUGCCUGAAGCUGUGGUUGAUGUGGAAAGCUGUGGGGUCACAAGGCUUGGAAAAGCGUGUGGACAGGGCUUUCGCUCAUACAAGAUAUCUGGUAGAGAAGAUGAAGAAAAGAGAGGGCUUUGAACUUAUAGGGAAGCCUGAGUUUGUGAACGUGUGUUUCUGGUUCAUACCACCCAGUCUGAGGGGAAAGGAGAACAGUCCAGACUACCAGGACAGAUUGUCAAAGGUUGGUGGCUCCAGUGAUAAAGGAGCGUAUGAUUAAGCAGGGUACUAUGAUGGUGGGCUACCAGCCUCAGGGUGGACGAGUCAACUUCUUCCGCAUGAUAGUCAUCUCUCCGCAGCUCUCCUACCAAGAUAUGACCUUCUUUCUGGAUGAGAUUGAGAGGCUAGGGAAUGAUCUGUGAUAGUCAUUCUAGUUAUAGUUUUGCAUCUCCAUUUAUGUCACUGACUCCUCUGACUCUCAGCAUCAGAUAUGUCUGUUUUGUGUGUUUUUUAACAAUAAUAUUACUAGUUUUUUACAGUUUUGGGGAAACUACUUUGAAAUUAUAGUUUACCAAGCUACUAAUUACUUCACAAUGGAAGAAGUUAAGAUACACAAAAAAUACCCUUAAGAAAAACAUAGUUUACUUAACUAAAGUUACUUUGAAAAAGUAGUUCACUACAUCCAAACUACUCCGUGAUAAAGUAUAUCUAAAGGUGAAAUGUCAGACUACAAAUUUUAAGAACAGAUCACAGAUCUGCAGUCAAUGUUAACAGAAUGUGUAAUUUAGCCUAUUUAACACAAAAACUGAUUCAAGUGAGAAUUAGGCAGGUCUGAUGCUGAAAAAGAAAGGAAAUUCCUACUUCACCCUUUAAAUUACAUUUUUGCAACAAACAAAAAAAUUGUGUAGUUAACUACUGAAAACACUACCAAGAUUUAAAUGUAGUUCAACUACCACCAAGCUACUGCAAAAUGUAGUUACAUUACUAGUUGAAUUACAUGUAGUUAACUACUCCCCAACACUGCUUUUUUAUCAGACUACUCUAAUGGCACUGAUUGUUGCCUAACAAAGUGCCUGAAAUGUGGUAUGUGACACAGUAAUAAACCUAGUCCAGUGAUAUAUAUAUAUAUUGUAUGGCCUUUAUGUAUUAUUGGGUUGUAGAACAUGAUGUAGGAGAUCCUUCUGAAAAAUACCCGUGACAGAUGCCGAGGGAAGCCUGAUCAGUGACAUGAUGCGUGGAGACAGACGGACAGACAGACGGACAGACAGACGAGCCCAUGGGCUGCGGGCUGCAGCAGAACCGUGUCAACAUCCUGGACAUGGUUCCAUGGAAGACGUCUCCCCUGCAUAAACAGUGAACUUGAGUGACUCAACGUGCCUGGAUUAAAGAUGGCCUUGUAUGAGAAGGGUGGAUGCUUA